AUGGCGUCGGUCGCGGCGGCCCUGGAACCUUGGCGAGCGGUGGCUCCGCGGAGGCGGCGCGCGACCGAGAGGCGGCCACGGCGGUGCGGCGUCCGGAGGCCAGCCCGCGCUGCCCGUGGGAGCGGGUGUGGGCCGAGCUGCGGUGGCCGACUGCGGGCACGCCCUGUACCCGGGGCGGCUGCCGGGCCCACCCUGCGGGUUCUGCCGCGCCGCCUCGGCAGCCUGCCUUCCCGUGCCGCAGCCUCAGUGACAUGGCUCCGAAACAUGGCGGAGGAUCUUCGGGUCUCUGAUUUCUGCAGUUCAGCAUUGGAAACCAUCACCCAGUGUCUUGGAGAGCAGCUGGAGCAACUGCAGGCCCCAGUGGAGACUCCAGCAGAGGUGCUGGCAGAAGCCCUGGGAAGCCUGCAUCUUGGCUCAGCCCCUGGUGAGUCAGGAGAGCCCCUGGUCCCAGGCACCUGUCUGGUGAAGUGUGUGUGCUAUGGUCUCGGGAACUUUGCCUCGUGUGCCACUGCAAGGAUCCAACUCGCCUUUCUGCUUCUCCUCCUAGAGAAGUGCCAUAUUCCCAGAAGUCACUGCUGUGUCUAUGACCCUCUGUUCAGCCACGUUGAAACCACAGUGCUCAUGGCGCUUGGUGUGAUGGUCCUCAAAGAGAAUGAGGAGGGCAAGCACAGUGUGGGCAUCCAGCCCACAGUCUUCUACAUGCCCCACUGUGGGAUGGCCCUGUACAACAACCUGCUGUGGAGCAACUGGUCCACAGCUGCCCUUUCCAGGACGGUCAUCAUUGGAAACAGUUUCAGAAGCCUGGAGGAAAGGUUGUUGACAAGGAUUCUGCAGAAAAGUUACCCCUACAUUGCAAAGAUUCUGAAGGGCCUGAAGGAGCUCGCACUGCCUCAGACUCCACAGUACAUGGACACCUUUAACGACAUGUCUGUCCACUGGUUCCCUGUAUCAAAGCUGGAGAGACUGUCCAAUGAUCUGUGGGCAUCUCGGGAAGAGCCCGAUUAUCAGGACUGUGAGGACUUGGAGAUCAUCAGGAAGCCAGCUGACAGCCCUCUCAGUCACCUGACUGGUGCUGCUGGGGCGGGAGCUGCCAUAGACUGCUGCUUUGUAACCGAACACCAAAACCAGAGCAGGAGCACAGCAGGGGCCAUCUUGUUCUGAACACCUUGCUGUAGACAGACAUGUCUGAAGAGGCAUCAUACCUAUGUCCGGCUCUGGUGGCCAUGUCUCCCAAAUAGAUGUUAUUUCUAACCAGG